AUGGAGCUGCUGACAGGUGUAAAGAUAGCGUUUUUGCUACUGAGUGCCGCCUAUGCCAGCCCGGACGUCACCGACGUGCCGACGUCGUACAUAUUCAAUCCACAUGUAGUCUGCACAGCGCCUGGUAAGGUUAUCUGCAGCACCGACUGUAAGCAGGUGAUGGUGUGUUUAGGCAAUACUACUGGUGGGUACACUCCUACGGUGGUGGCAACGUGCCCCACCACCGGCACUACGAGGUGCAGCGCAGAGCAGGCCGCCUGCGUUGCAGAAGAGGACUCCGAGUGCCACCCUCCAGUCGCCGCAAGUAGGUUUCCGUGCAACAGCGUCGGAUCGUUCCCGGACCCGUACGACUGCCAGACGUACCACAUCUGCACUGCGGCCGGCGGAGUUUCUCAAAGUGCUACAUGUAGCGGCACUACGGCGUACAACCCUCUGAGAGCAGACUGCAGCCUGUCGACAUCCUACCUGGUGUGCACGAGAGGCCCCAUCGAGGCUUGUUCUCAGCUGGGGCAGGUGGGCGUCGUCCCAGAGAACCAGGCCAUCUACUACAUCUGCACUCAGAACGGAGACGAAAUCUUUCCAGAAAUGUACAGGUGUUCUGGCAACGAGAUCUUCGACAUUACCGUUGCUGCCUGUGUUGACCAAUCCACAACUUUGAAGAAGAUGCAACCUUAACCAUUAAUGCAGACAUGUGCAAGCAACUACGACACUGACGCAGAGCAGUAAACAUGGUGUCGUGGUC